CCACAUCCACCACUACGAUCUCGCUGCAGCGCCUCUUCUCGGCACCUGAGGUGGAUUUCUUUUUUUUUUCCAUCCUCCUCUCCAUUUCUCCUCACAUCAUCUCUUUUUUCCCUCCUCCAUCAUGUUUAAGCUCUCUCCCUCGCCUCGCGCACUCGGCUAAUCUUUUAGCCUCGGCUUCGCUUCGCUAGCGUCGUUAUUUUAGCUCGGACUGCUAACGUUAACCUCACAACCGUCACCUUCAUCCAUCCGUCCGUCCUCCUCCUCCUCCUCCACCUCCUCCACCGCUCGGCUGGAGAUGGGACUCCUCUCCGGCCUCCUUUUUUUCAUGGACUCUUGGUUCUCCGUGGUUUUUCUCCGCCGUGUGAGCUCCGUGAGCCGGUAGCUAAUCAUGCCUCUGAAAUGGAAAAGCGGCUCUCCGGUCAGCUGGAAAUUCCCCGUGCCUGUGCUUAAAACCUCCAGGUCCUCCCCGCUGUCUCCAGCCUACAUCCACCAGCACUCCUUUGUGGUGUGGACCACCCACUCUCUGCUUGCUGCAUCUCCAACCUAUCACCUGACAGGAUCUCUGGUGGAGGAUGAUGAUGCUCAUAUGAAGGUUUCUCUUGGCUGUGGUGAAAUGGGUCUCUCCGCCCACCAGCAGGCCUCAAAAACGGGCAACACGCGCUUCUUCACCAGUAACACACACAGCUCAGUCGUUCUACAGGGUUUUGACCAAUUAAGGAUAGAGGGCCUGCUGUGUGAUGUCACAUUAGUUGCUGGCGACGGUGAUGAGGCCUUUCCAGUCCAUCGAGCUAUGAUGGCGUCGUCCAGCGACUACUUCAAAGCCAUGUUCACUGGUGGGAUGAAAGAGCAGGAUCUCAUGUGUAUAAAGCUGCACGGGGUGAACAGGAUCGGCCUGAAGAAGAUUAUAGACUUUAUCUACACCGCCAAACUCUCGCUCAACAUGGAGAACCUGCAGGACACGCUGGAGGCGGCCAGCUUUCUGCAAAUCCUUCCCGUGCUCGACUUCUGCAAAGUGUUCCUCAUCUCCGGGGUGUCUCUGGAGAACUGUGUGGAGGUGGGCCGUAUUGCCAAUGCCUACAACCUCACAGAGGUGGACAAAUACGUCAACAACUUCAUCCUGAAGAACUUCCCCUCAUUGCUGGGCACGGGCGAGUUUGUCAAGCUGCCCUUCGAGCGCCUGGCUUUCGUCCUGUCCUCCAACAGCCUAAAGCACUGCAGCGAGCUGGACCUGUUCAAAGCUGCCUGCCGCUGGCUGCGCUACGAGGAUGGCCGCAUGGACUACGCCGCUAAGCUAAUGCGCAACAUCCGCUUUCCGUUAAUGAGCCCAGCAGACCUCAUCAACCAUGUACAGACAGUGGACUUCAUGCGUACAGACAACACUUGCGUCAAUCUCCUACUGGAAGCUAGCAACUACCAGAUGAUGCCGUACAUGCAGCCGGUCAUGCAGUCGGAACGAACUGCGAUCCGCUCGGACAGUUCGCACCUGGUAACACUAGGGGGCGUCCUGAGGCAACAGCUGGUCGUUAGCAAGGAAUUACGACUUUUUGAUGAAAAAGCGCACGAGUGGAAGGCACUGGCGCCCAUGGACGCUCCCCGGUAUCAGCACGGCAUCGCAGUCAUUGGCAACUUCCUAUACGUGGUUGGCGGGCAGAGCAACUACGACACUAAGGGCAAGACAGCCGUGGACACGGUGUUCCGUUACGACCCACGCUAUAACAAGUGGAUGCAGGUGGCAUGUCUGAACGAGAAGAGAACAUUCUUUCACCUGAGCGCGCUCAAAGGGUACCUGUACGCUGUGGGAGGGAGGAACGCGGCAGGAGAGCUGGCAACGGUGGAGUGCUAUAACCCCAGGACAAACGAGUGGACGUACGUGGCGAAGAUGAAUGAACCACACUACGGUCAUGCUGGAACAGUCUAUGGAGGCUACAUGUACAUCUCUGGUGGCAUCACCCACGACACCUUCCAGAAGGAGCUGAUGUGCUUCGACCCAGACGCAGACAAGUGGACGCAAAAGGCCGCCAUGACGACGGUGCGCGGGCUGCACUGCAUGUGCACGGUGGGCGACCGGCUUUACGUGAUCGGCGGAAACCACUUCCGGGGUACGAGCGACUACGACGACGUGCUGAGCUGUGAGUACUACAGCCCGGCGCUGGACAUGUGGACGCCCAUUGCAGCCAUGCUGCGCGGCCAGAGCGAUGUGGGCGUGGCCGUUUUUGAGAACAAGAUCUACGUGGUGGGCGGCUACUCGUGGAACAACCGCUGCAUGGUGGAGAUCGUGCAGAAGUACGAUCCAGACAAGGACGAGUGGCACAAAGUGUUCGACUUGCCAGAGUCUCUGGGCGGGAUCCGAGCAUGCACACUAACCGUCUUCCCUCCGGACGACCUGUCGCUCGCCGGCUCACCCAGCCGAGAAAGUCCGCUGUCCGCCCCCUGAGGAAUGGGUGAGAGAGAGGGGCUGAAUCCCAAUUGGCUCCCUAUUGGACAUACAGUGCACUAUUUGGGUCUUGAAAGUUGUUGUUUCAUGACGUAUCUAAUGCACUGUAGCCACUAUAGCACAAAAGGCUCCCUUUGCUACUGUGUAGGAUAUAGGGAGCAGUUUAAGAUGCAGCCAGUGAGAGAGAAACUGAAACACAGACACUGGAGGAGACUGGUGGACAAAUGACUUGUCAGAUGGAUGGAUAAGUUUCUCUUCCUCUAUGGGCGCUCUCUCAUUCUCUCUCUCUCUCUCACUGGCUGAAUCUCAAAUAGCUCCCUGCUCUCUAUAUAGUGCACUAAACUGGUGAAAUGGUACACUGUAUAUCCAUACUCUCCAAGCUUGAGAGCCUGCUGAGUUCCAAAUGGCUCACUGUUGGACACACAGUGCACUGUUAGAGUCUAGAAGCCAAUAUUUCUAUUUAUUGACCUAUGUAGUGCACUGUAUCCACUUAAGUGCACAAAGGCUCAUUAUGUCACUGUAGAGUGUAGGGGUCCGUUUGAGACGCAGCCAAUUUGAGAGAAAUAAAAAACGCUUAAUGAGACUGACUGAGAAAUCUCUCUUCACUCUGUCUCUCUCUGACUGAAUAUCUAGUGGCUCACUACUCCCUGUAUAGUGCACUACAUUAUUCAAAAUAGUUCACUGUAUGUACACACACACACACACACACACACACACACGUUGGUCAGCCCUGCUGGUUAAGAGAGUGUGCUGUCCACCUACUGAGUGAACAAGGGAGUGAGUCAGAGAGAAAGGGGAAAAGAUUGAGUUCCAGCCGGCUCUUUUGGACCUAUAGUGUCCUAUUUGUGUGUAGGUGCCAUUAUUUCAUUGUCUUUGUAGUGCACUAUUAUUGGGUAUGAUAUAGGGCAUAGGGAGCCUUUGAGACACUGAAUAAGAUUGAUGAACAGGCAGAAAGCUUGGAUGGAUGGAGAGGUUUCAUCCAUUUCUCUUCCUCUGUGGGCUCUCUUUCUCUCUGGCUGGUCCUCAAAUGGCUCACUACCUCCCUGCUCUCUACCUAGGGCACUCUGUCAUGAAUGUCAUGAAUUAAUGGCAAAUAGUUCACUACAUGUCCACUUGGGAGCCGUUUGGGUUUCAGCCUCUCUCUCUCUCUCUCUCUCUCUCUCUCUCUCUCUCUCUCUCUCUCUCUCUCUCUCUCUGUCUCUCUCUCUCUCUCUCUCUCUAUCUCUCUCUAUCUCUCUCUCUCUCUCUCUCUCUCUCUCUCUCUCUCUCUCUCUCUCUCUAAAUUAUUGCACUACUUGGGUGCUGAUGCCAUUAUUUAAUGAACUAUAUAGUGCACUAUAUAGGGAAUAAGAAGCAGUUUGGGAUACAGCCUGAGCAAGUGAAUAACAGAGUAUAGACACUGAACGAGUGAUGGAUGGACAGACGGAUGGAAUUUGAUUUGACAGAUCGAUGACUUGUCGGAUGGAUGAGUUGGUCCAUUUCUGUUCUUCGGCGGUCUCUCUCUCUCUCUCUCUCUCUCUCUCUCUCUCUCUCUCUCUCUCUCUCUCUCUCUCUCUCUCUCUCUCUUUCUCUCUCUAUCUCUCUUUCUCUCUCCAGGAAAAAGACAAUGUUUGCACUUCCCCUCCCGAUUUUGUCUGAGCGGCGUCUGUGGUGAAGCCCCGCCCCUUCCCCCUACUUCCUCUCCUCCUUGCGAUCUAUGCUGAAGACUCCUCAUCCCUCCAUCCCUCUCUACCUUCUCUCCUCAAUUUUACUGCGACAGGAAAGAAAAUCGAAACACCAACCUAAUGACAUGUUGAUGUUACGUAUUUGUUUUUUAUUAUUAUUAUUAUUAUUAUUAUUAUUUUGUUUUUGUUUUUAAUUCUCUUUAGCAGGAAUAACCUUGACUUGAAAAAGGAAAAAAAAACAAACAAAAAAAAAAAAAAAAACUGAGGGACAUUGCAAUUCAACUUUUCUACCUGAUGCCUCCGGAGUUUCAAUAUGCCGAUUAAUGUUCUCCUGUCGACGGCCCUGGACAAUACACAUAAGCACACCUCUCCCCUUCUUCCUCUCUCUCUUUUUCUCUCCUUCUCUUUCUUCUUUUCACUCUUUCUGUACGUGUCCCUUUUAAUUUAUAUUGUACAUGAUCAUGUCUAGCUGUUUCACUCUUUUUCUCUGUCUCUUCCUUUUACCCUCUAUCUGCCUCUGGUUUACACCUUUAAAACCUUUCAUUCUCUUUCUUUCUCUCUCUCUCUAUCUGGCUGAGUCUCAAAUGGCUCCCUUCUUCCCUACAUAAUGCACUACAUAGGUCACAAAAUAAAGGCUUCAAAACCCAUAUAGUUCACUACACAUGCACUAGGGAGCCAUUUGUCUCUCUCUCUCUCUCUCUCUCUCUCUCUCUCUCUCUCUCUCUCUCUCUCUCUCUCUCUAUCUAUCUCUCUCUCUCUCUCUCUCCCUCUCUCGUGCGUCAUUUCCUGUGUGUACACAGGUGGGGGCUAGCUGACUUCAGGAAGAGGAAACAGAUUUAAACAGAUUUUAAACUCAGGGGCCAACCUGCCCCCCUUCCCUACCAUCCCUCCCCCAGAAUGACAUUUCAUUACUUUGUUCCUGCUAUUGUUAUGAACCGUUAAGAACAAUGGUGUUUUCUAAAUUUAAUAAACCAGGUUUUGAGAAAAGA